AGACUUAAAGAAAGGCAGGGGUAUGAAUCAAGUUGCAAUAAUUUUGGUUCCUUUACUAUCAGUGAUAAAAAAGAUAAAGAUAGUUAUUGUUUUUGUGAGAAAAUUGGGCCUAUUAAGGUUGUGGAUGUCAUAAAAUCAACGGAAUCGGAUAUAAUUAUUUGUAAAGCUUUUCAAAAAAUCGAAAACUAUUUUACUGAACCUCUUCAUUCAUCCACGAGUUUGGGCAUAGUUGUAGCAAGUGAUUUGGCCAUUGAAACAGUUCAAAUUGCCUUCAAAGAUAUAAAAUAUAAAUAUUUUUGUAUUCCGUUUGGUGGCAAGUUUCUGUUAAUACCCCUGCUGCACCAUUUGUUUCACGAUUUUUUUAACUUUACCACACAUUCAUAAUUAACAAAUUACCGAUAAUUAUAGUUUAAGUAAUUGCAAAAAAUAUGAAAUUAUUGCACAUGAAUUCUAGCAACUCUAUUUUGGACGAGUCCUUCGUUGAUGAAACCCAAUUAAAUGCGAACCAGCCUGCAAUUGUCAGAAGAUGCUUUGAUGAAACAACUUCCGACGAAGUGAUGGAGGUUAGGGAGGAAAGCAGAAAUGGGCAACAGAGACCCGAUAAUAAAGAGAUUCUGGAUGCCUUGGAAGUCAUAACCCUACGUUUGGCUACGAUCGAAACUAAUCAAGUUGUCCUGCAAAAAAACCAGGAAAUAAUUAGCCGCCAAGUCGAAGAACUUGUCGAGAAGAUGGUUAAUAAGUCGGAAAUGUUGGCAGAAAACAAAAUCCUGAGAGAGUGCAAAGUGACUUUGCAAAAGAUUGAACUGUCAAUUGGACGUAUGACUGGCGAGGUACGAGACCAAAUUUUAGAUGAGGUGGCGAGCAUUUUUCCAAUCAAUUCAAUUACUUCCGUCAGUGAUAUUGAGGACAAAAUUAUGAAUCGUCCGGAAUACGCUCAAGCAAUGAUAACGUACUUCCACAAAUUGAAAGGAGCAUCCGAAGACGUCUCUACGGUAUUGAAAUACAUUUUCACUGACGAACUAUUACUGAAUUUUAAUUGGGAUGGCAGGUGGGAGAAACAGGCUCUUUGCAAAUUAAAAUUAGUCGAGAUGUGUCUGCGAGAUGUUUUUAAAACACAGGCGUCGUAUGACUUUCAAAAGGCGGUGAAAAGGUCAAUCGAGCUUAGCCAUCACCGAUUGAAGCAGAAAAAGUACGAGCUUAAUAAAUCUAAGAAAUAAUAGAUUAAUUUAUGUAAUUUUAAGUUUACUUUUCCUCGUAUUAAUAAGUUCCACAUUUGAGUAAUAAUUUAUGAAGCGGCCCCCUAAAAUGUCACAAAGGUAUAAGAAUUAAUUUUUGCAUUCAACACAGAUUGUAUCCUAAUAUAUUGGGCCCUAUCUGCGGUUAAGCCUAGAUAUGUGUAUAUGCCAGAAAUAUACUUUGCAGAAGUUGAAAAUCUGUUUAAAACGUUUUUCUUAAUUAAACACUUAGUUAAAUAUUUUUCGUUAAAUAUUUCUGUAAUUGCAAUUGCUGCGAAUUGAAUUUCAUGAAACUUUUGUGAAAAUGUAAGCGUCUUGCCUAUCUAAAAACUAGAUAUUAACUAUUGAAUAAGAUUCCAAUCGUAUCAAUAAUUUCACGUCAUUGCCUAAAAUUUCCACUCGACUAGAGUAUUAAUACGGAAAAACUUGGCAGCA